CAGGAGUGGGGUCAAUUUUCCAAUAAUAGUAAUAGUUGCAAAGGUUUUCUCCUUAACAAAGAUGAUGUUGCCACAGGACAAAUAGUCAUGAUCCAUCCCAGAAUAGAGACUGAGAAUGUCACUUUUGGGAAGAAACUACAUCUUCCACCAUCACCACCACUCUCCAGCUGGCAACGUUACUAGAUAUACUGAUUAGGGAAUUCUAGGUGUCACAGUCCAAACUUUCCCAGGCUCUGUCACCAUUCGCUGAUUGUUCAAAUGGAAAUAAGUGAACCCAACUUUGUUGGUUAGUGGCUCCAACAGCCACAAAUGGUAGUCAAAAUAUUGAAACUAACAGAUUGUUUGUCCAUACUUAAACAAAAUCAGAAAUACUGGCUACUUUUUAUGCAUAGCACGGAAAGGAUUUUCCUUCAGAAAUUUUGCAACUAGUACAAUAACAGCCCUUGGCCCCUUCAUGCACUAGAGAAGGGAACACGUACAUUUGCCCCUUCUUUGUAGGUCAGUUUCCCGAUUAAAUAACAUUUUGCCUUUCUUCAAUGUGGGUCAUGCAAAUAGAAGUGUGGGUUUAUGAGUGACAAGGGUCCCCCUGUGGCCUGUUUCUCCAUCUGUGCUGAGCCAGCCCACUUAAGCUCUUUGCCUUGUCUUGCAUAUCUCAAUAUCCAUAUUGCAAUACCUGCCGCCCCUCCUCUCUCAUUCCAGGUCUCUGCUCAGCAGCUCAGACAGCCCGCUUCACAUUACUCCCUCCUCUUUUCCAUUCUCUCUCACCUGCAGCUGUCAAGACCAGCUUUGCAGAGUUGGUGCACAGAGAAGGAAGACAAUGCACUCCUUUACAAACUGAUCCAGGAGAAUCAAUAAAGAUCGCAUCAAGGAAUACAGGACAGGUUUUUCUGUGACAGAGUCAUCAAGCUGGAAGGUACUGGGAGAAGAUGAAUGUGAGUGACCCAGACUGGGAAAACAAUGCCAAAGACUCAGAUGGGGAGGAAGGGUCAAUUUGCAUCGUUGACAUGGCUGCACCCAUCUAUUACUGUAUCCUGUUUGCUGUUGGUCUGCCAGUUAACAUUUUGACUGCCAUCGCACUCUCACGUCUUGCUGCCCGCACCCACAAAUCCUCCUACUGGUACCUCCUGGCCCUCACGGCAUCCGAUAUCCUGACGCAAGUCUUUGUCGUCUUUGCGGGUUUCAUCAUCCAAGCGGCCGUCUUGGGCCGUGAGGUUCCCAGUACCUUCACCCAUGCUGCCAAUGUGCUGCAAUUCACAGCCAACCAUGCCUCCAUCUGGGUGACUGUAUUGCUGACCGUGGACCGUUACGUGGCCCUCUGCCACCCUCUGCAGUACAGGGCUGUCUCCUACCCAGAGCGCACUCGGAAGAUCAUUGCUGUCACAUUUGCAGUGUCUUUGGCUACUGGAAUCCCCUUCUAUUGGUGGCUAGAUGUCUGGCAUGAUGUCUACCCACCCACCACCAUGAACAAGGUCCUGAAGUGGCUCCACUGCUUCAUCAUCUACUUCAUUCCUUGUAGUGUCUUCCUAGUGACCAAUUCAGUGAUCAUUUGCAAGCUCAAGCACUCAGGGAGGCCCAAUCGGCGUCUCAGCAAAACCACAGCAAUUCUUUUGGCCAUCACCACUGUCUUCAUUGUCCUCUGGGCUCCAAGAACAUUUGUCAUUAUCUACCACCUCUACAUGACCUCAGUCAAUCAAGACUGGAGAGUACAUCUGGCCCUAGAUGUUGCCAAUAUGGUGGCCAUGCUCAACACCUCCCUCAACUUCUUUCUGUAUUGUUUUGUCAGCAAGACCUUCAGGCGCACUGUUCGAGAGGUACUGCUAUCCUACAGGCUACAAUGCACCCAACUACCGAGGAAGAAUAGUUUCUUGGAUCCAUCCUUGAAGCCAUUGGGGCUAUUGGGUAGAACUUCAGUCUAGGGAGACAUAACAACCUUGUGCAACUGGAUUCAAUUUUAUGAGAAGAUCCCACUGGCCAGUAAAUCAUUGACUUUCUGGAAAAGACUAGCUUGGCAUCAUAGUCAGCUACAUGAUGCAGCAACACUGGAAAAUUUCCUGGUUUUGUCUGUGUGUAUUCAUGGCUAUCUAUUUGUGUAUAUUUGUGUAUGUGUGUAUCUGUAUGCAUGUACUUGGCAGAGCUUGGGAAAGUUAGUUUUUUACUACAGCUCCCAGAAUCUCCUGAAAAAUCAAGUUGUAGGAUUCAGAAAACUCAGUUACAUACCCUGCUCUAUUUUCAGUCUCUUUUGUGUAGGAAGUGUAUGAGAGAGAGAAAAAUAAACUUGGCGGGGUAUAGGUUACAUUUGCAAAGUGGAAGUAGUCCACAAAGUGCUUGUAUCUGCAAUGGAGGUGAGAAAUCUGGAAUAUCCUACAAAGUGGGACAGAGAAUGCUACUGCUUGCCACCAUCCUCCCAUAACCAGAGUUAAAAGGAGGAAGUAACAAAGGUAACAUUCUCUCCGCCAAUGUGCCAGGAGUCUACAAAUGACUGCCUCUCCACUGAAUCAGUAAUCUCAUAUGGGCCCCACCCCAGGUUACCUCUAGCCAAACUGCCAGUUUCACCUACCUCAAAGGGCUGGUGUAGAUGGCAUGAAGUGCAUUAAGUAAGAUCCAUGUUGUCCAGAGCUCUUUGGAAGACAGAAGAUAAAUAAUAGAUAACAUAUAAAUUAAAUAAGAAUGUGUCUUCAUCCUGGAAGACACCCAAAUGAUCAGCCUUCUGUCUCUGUUGAGGAGAAGGAGGAGUGAUUCAUCCCCCUCUUGCUCUGAAUCUUGAAAAUAUCAUGGCUGACAUGGUUGAGUUGAGCUGUCUUUCAGAGGCUCUGUCAGACUCAGCCUGCUCCCUCCACCAAGAGCAUCCAAGCCCUAACAAGGGGAGGUGCUGGUGUUCUUUGCACUGAUCACACAUGGCAUUCUUUUGUAUGUGAUACAAAAGCAAAACUUCACAAAUAAACUAUGAGUUUGUGAUCAAAUAUCUUUGAGUGUAUGUUUCUGAAACAAACAGGGUUGUUUGUUGGGAUGGGAUGGGGGACUGUAGAGAUGAAAUUGAAUGUCCCACGGCUGUAUUCCUAAUGAACAGAAGCAUGGUUUCUGAAAGUGAAGGUACAAGGAAAUCCUGAAGAAGUGAAAUACUCAGAAAAAAGGCAAGAAGAGCUGGUUCCCAUGUUGGUAG